AUGCGGCGGCUGUGGCCGCGGCUGCUCCUCCUGCUGCUAUCCGCACUGUGGGGCGGGGAAGCGCUCCCGGCUCAGGAGGUCCUGAGGCCGCCGCCGCCGCUGCCUUCCUCGCCGGCGGCGGCGCCGUCGUCGUCCUCUGCCUCCGUGGCGCCCGGCGGCCACGACGCCGCGCCCGCCCUGGGCAGCAGCAGCAGCAGCAGCAGCGGUUCCCCCGACGGCGAGGCGGCGCGGAGCAGUAAUGCGAGUGGGGUGGGCAACGUGGCCGCCGCCGUGCCCGCCCCGCCUGAGCGCAACCCGCUCAUGACCCAGCGCGCCCUCUCGGUCCUGGUCCUGGCCAGCGCCGCGCUCAUCGUCUACUUCGUCAUCCGGACCGUGCGGUGA